AUGUUAAAAAUAAAACUUGGCGAUUCGUAGAGUGCAGUACUGUUACUUACAUGUAGAGCGUUAGUCACCGAUGAGUUGCCAGGCCUACAGUGGCAGGGAGUCAACUUUGAGUUCUAUUCCUGCAAAUUUGUGAUUUUUGCCCACUUUUAUCUCUUCUAUUCAGUCACUUCUUUCGCUUUUCCCUUUUCCUUUUGUAUUUAUUUUAAUAUUUUAUUCAGGCAGAUACAACACGCUAUAUACAUACAAUAAAAAUCCAAACUAUAAUAUAAAAAGAGGAUCAAUACAGAUUGAAAAAGGAGGCACACAUGUAGACAGUCAAUCAAUAAAAGACGAGGAAUGAUCAAGCAAGAGACAGACAAGACAGACAUACAUAAGAAAAAAACGAGGACAGUGCAGGACUGCCUUGGAGGAAAACAAGAGUGAAAAAUGUCAUUUUUGCCAAAAGGGCGUGCCACUCCGACCUUGCACAACAAUCAGUCAGACACACAAGCAAAAAACGAGGGACAUCACAGCAACAAAUCCCACCUACAUGUAAACACAGCACGGCCACACACACUAGAGAAAAGACAAGGAGAGGAAGAAAGAGAUCGUGGAAAAGAAAACCAAGAUAAUAAAAAGGAGAACAGCAAUCGUAAUAAAUAAAAGAUGACAAAGACUAAGCAGAGAGACAACAAGGAAGGAAAUUACUCCCACGGCACCACCCACUAAAAGGAAAAUAUGUUGAGGUUGACCAACCCACAGUAAGCCAGAGCAAGCAGCACAUUAUAAUUACAAUUUAAGGUAGCCUUUAAAUUUGUACAAAAAAGCAGACAGAGACUCAUAAGUCAACACGUUGACCAUACCGUCAGGAUAAGUACGCCUAUUCCUGACAAACAUGCAGGGAACGGAGUACUUGAAUACAUCAGUGCGAGCAUACUGAUGGUGAAAUUUAUUGGCAUGUCUGCUGUAGUGUUAACAUUAAUUAAACUCAAAAAUGAGGGAUGGCAAUUGCACAAAUUACCAAAUAGCAAUUGCUUACACACAAACUUCAUAAACAUAAAACUCUCGUCAUGCUCAGGUUGCUCCUGUCUACGUUGAUGCAAAAUGAGACGAGUGGCAUACCUUUGAACUUUUUCAAGCUGAGCAAUAUGUCCAGCUCCAUACAUAGGCCAAGCAGGAGAACAAUAAUCAAAAAUGGGCAUAUCAAUUGCUUUGUACAAGGCAAGGAAGGUCAUUGUUUUACAAUCAUCCAUAACAUGACCCAUGAAGCCGAGGGUCUUAUAGGCCGUAGUAGUGACAUACUGUAAAUGCUCAUCCCAGCAUGAGUUAUGCUGUGUAUGGACACCUAUUAAUAUAUGGGUUUUUACCUCUUGAAUGAGAGUACCAUCCAAAACAUACAAGGAAGGAUAAAGUUGUUGUUUUGUCCUGGUAAGAGCUGUACUGACUUUUAUGGCAUUGAGAGCAAACAAGUUCUUUUUAGACCAAUCACUGAUGGUGUUGAGGUCAUCCUGGAGCUGAAGAAUGUCACCACUUGACCUGAUCUCCUGAAACUUUUUUUUUCAGGGGGGGGGAUUUACAUGAUUAACCCCACCUUGCCCUUCCUCAUGACACCCAUGGGCCCAACUUUAGUACAUGUUAGUAAGAGAGAUUCAGUAGGGGCAUAACACAACUUGAGACCUGACAAUGUCAUGCCAGAGGGCACUCUGACAUCACAGGUGAAUGCAAGUGAAUUACAUUUUCAAAAAGAAUAGCCUGCAUGAUUUUGGAACAGGCAGGGCCACGGCCUCCUGUGCCCCUUUGUGACCACCUACAACAUAUUGUGACAAACACUUGUCAUGCUCCUGUUUAAUAUUUAGGAUGUGACUCAUGCUGCUCAUUUACAGUGUAGUUUUCAGUAGUUAAUCAGUAAACUGUCAAUUACAUCAAAUUAAUGAACAUGUGUUUUCUUGUUUCUUACUUGUGGUAGUAAAAUGUAAACGUACACUCUUCAAAAGAAGUGCACUUUUGUAGCUUUCAAAUUGUGUAAAUGUCAAGUCACAUGCAAAUAUGUACAAAAAUUACAGUAACUUUGCAUGUACAUGUACACACAUGUAGGUAACAGACGUGUUGGUCAAUUUCUGCCUUUAGUACGUGUACCUGGUGUCAGAGAAAAUGUCAGCCAUUCGAGUUCAUUUUCAGUUGAAACUUGAAAUCAUCGUGACUUUUUUCAUCCCUCCUUUCUGCUUGAAUUUUUUUGUGUUAAUUUUUCAUGAUUCACUAAUUGUUUAUAGAAUUUGUGUAAUUCAUGACCAGGGUACCCGGCAGCUCCUCUCAGCUGUCAGAGCCUGAAAGUCAUAGGGCUUAGACCCCUUGCAGGCUGUUAAAUAUUGAAAUGACUAUAUACCGGUAUGUAAAUACAUGUACACAUACAUGUACAUGUACAUGUUGGUGGAAGUACUGUACACAUGGGUCUUUCUUUAACAUGUGUACAAGUGCAUUACUUGGUAAUUGUAUUAUGUUCCAGCAAAUAUUUUGCCAGUGGUACAUUGACCAUGGAUUGUCACAGUGUUUAAAGGACUGUUUACACACAUGCACAUUGUACAAAUACAUGUACAUGUAUACAUUGUCUUCAGAGAUGAUUGAGUUUAAGUGAGAAAUGCUAUUUCUUGCCUUUGCUUUGACCCUGCAGAUAAACAGCAUGGCUGUCUGUGUCAGUCCGCAGAAGUUGGCAGUGCUAGCACCAUUGGUAUAUCAAUGUGCUAACAAAUACAUCCUCGUGUCCUGCACUGCUUUCUCCAGUCACACGAAGGUGCCAACCUUAACCCUGUUCACCAAGGACAACUGCCCACUGUGUGAUGAUGCUAAAGGAGUUUUACAGAAAUACACUGGCAGGUUUGCUCUGGAGGAGGUUUACAUCACCGAGCCGGAGAACAGGGAGUACUUAGCCAGAUAUCGCUAUGACAUCCCAGUCUUCCAUUUCAACGGCAAGUUCCUGAUGAAACACCGUGUGGACGAGGAAUUAUUCCAGAGAGUUCUUGCAGAGUACGAACAGAAUUCCAUUGACUGAAAGACUGUUCAGCUCCACCAUCGAGUCAUCUCUACCUGGAGGCAGUUUGGUAAUCCGUAGCCUUAAUACCAGUCACUGUGACAUCAAACGAAUCUACCCCAAUGUGGUCUCAACAAGCAAGGAAGGUCCGGAGUAUGCUGUCCAGCGCUGGCUCAAGAUGCGCCACUGUUGUUUGCCACUCCCCUGACAGACGGCUACUGUCCUCUCUAGAGAACUGGAAAACAGAGUUGGCAUACUUGUAUCAACCGAAUCUAGCAACCCUCAAGAGGCGGAUCCACAGUGUAGGCAGUCUGCAGUGUAGGAGAAUGGUCGAGUUAUCUCUUUUGAACCCUGACAAUAAUGUCAUAGUAUGUCAAGAGCAGGGGCGCAGGCUUCAGACUGUUUGUAAAGAGCCAAUUAGUAUAUACUCAGAUGCACAUCCCCUUUAUGGUUUUGGCUGUGUCUUGGGAAACAGAUGGGCGAGCGGUCGCUGGACUGAAGAGUGCUACAAGAUAUACAGUGGCAAUACCUUGUUUUAUGAAACCUAUGCAGUUUUGUGUGGCAUUGAAGCCUUUGGGCCAAGCCUGGCGGCCCACCAUGUUCACUUUUACUGUGAUCAUAGCGGUGUAGUGCAGGGCGUUAACAAUGCUUGUAAGUCAAAGGAGAGCAUCAGGAUAUUGGUAUCGAAGAUAAAAGAAAGGGCCCACAACUAUGGAAUGCAUUUGGAAGUGAAACCAAUUUAUUCAAGAGUUAAGAAGCAUAACCCCUUUCACCAGGCUGCUGAUGCACUGUCCAGACGUAACAGGGUCAAGUUUCGAAAUUUCCGGCCUAAUGCCGAAGCCAUGCCAACCAAGUUACCAUCAUAUCUUGACAUGAUUAAACCUGACUUGAAUUAAUAGGAGUAACUCACACAAAAAUUUCCAGAUUUCAUGGUACAUUAUAGCUUCACACGUUCUCUUGUUUAAAUUGGGGGUAUUGUGACUUUGUUUUUAGUGACAAAAAACCACAGGUCGAUUUCUCAGCAUUUCUUUUUCAGAUUUCAGGAUUUUGACCCUAACAUUGUGGAUUUUAAUAGUUGCAAUCAGAUCUUGCUGUUUGCAUAAAACCGUAGCCAUUCGGGAGAGAUUGAUUUAUCUUCAAACUCAGCCGUGUUGGUGUUUUUUCCAUGCCUUAAUUUCACUGAACCACAGAAGAAUUCCUUCUUCUCUUGUGUGUGUGUGUGUUUUACUCCAGCACUCUAGAUUAAGUGAUGUGAGAUUAUUGCUCUGACUUGAAGUAAUAAAGUUGUGGUUCAUUUUAUGGUUCAGGCAGUUGGUGUGUGGGCUAAUGUGAGUUGCAUGCAACUCAUGCGAUUCCCACGAAAAUUCGCGGCUGUUUUGAAUCCCCUUUAGACAUAAUGCGCUUGUGAUUUUAGCUCUUGGUUUAUCUUAAUCAACUCAGGUAGAUGAUGGAGGUUCAUUUGUUAUGCUGCAACCAAGUGCUGAAACUUUUAGGGAAACAAGACUUUAGAAAAUUAAAAGAAACAAUACUUUAAUGCGCAGUUUAUAAAGAAUUCGCUUUUUUGCAUGAAAGAGCACUUGACCAUUGUUAAUUUCUAUUGAAAGAUUCUCAUUAUUUAUUUAUUGAGGGGAA